AUGUCUAUCGCACACACGGCGGCCGAGUACAUGCUCUCUGAUGCUUUGCUCCCGGAACCGAGCGGCUCCCGAGCCAAAGGCCUUCGCCUGGAGUUACCGAGCGACCGCGUUGUGAAGUUUGUCACGGUGGGGCUGCCCCUGUUCCUGGUGUCCCUGGCGUUCGCGCGGGAGUUUUCCACAGGGACCCAGAUCAGCUGUUUCUCGCCCGCCAACUUCACAGGGAAGCAGUCUGCAUACGUUGAUACGUCUUGCUGGGAUUCCUUGAUCCAUUAUGAAUUUGAUGCUGCUGGAAACACUACAGCCAAAUCCCUCUGGACUCUCAAGGCCUUCCCCUACUCCCUGCUGCUCAUCGCGGUGGCCAUGUACCUGCCCUCCCUGUUGUGGCGAUACACAGCCGCGCCCGCACUGAACAGCGACCUGCUCUUCAUCAUCGACGAGCUGGACAAGUCCUACAACCGCUCCAUCCGCCUGGUGCAGCAUAUGGUGAAGGUCCGCCAGGCCAGCACGGAUGCCCGGCUCUUCUGGGAGGAGUUUGAGAAGGCCCGCAGGGAGCGGUACUUUGAGUUCCCGCUGCUGGAGCGGUACCUGGCCUGCAAACAGCGCUCGCACUCCCUGGUGGGCGCCUACCUGCUGCGGAACCUGCUGCUGCUGCUCCUCAUCACUGCUACCUGUUUCUACCUGGGAUUCCUCCACCUCCACGUCUUUUUCCAAGAUGAAUUUAGCUGCUCCAUCAAGACAGGGCUCCUGCGGGAUGAGCCCCAGGUCCCCGAUGUGAUUCCCUGCAAGCUGGUCUUCUUCUCUGUCUUCCAGCUGAUCAGCCUCUCUAACGGGGGUGUCUAUGUCCUCCUGGCGCCUGUGGUCAUCUACAACAUGCUGCAGCUCCUCCAGUGGGACAAGCGCCUCCUGUCCAUCUAUGAGAUGCUGCCUGCCUUCGACCUCCUCAGCAGGAAGAUGCUGACCUGCCCCUUGAACGACCUGAACAUCCUCCUCCUGUUCCUGCAGGCCAAUAUCUCGGAGCUCAAGUCUUUCAGCAGGCUGAACGCGGUGUGCGCGCUGAGGGAGGUCACCUCCAGCCCACAGCACAUCGACACCGUGGUGGAUUUCAUGACCCUCCUCGCCGGCCUGGAGACGUCCAAACCGAAACACCCGGCCUGCGCUGCAGGGGCCGAAGGAAACCCUCCUCCUCCUCCAAGCAGCGAGAUCCUGGACAUGAAACCCACAGGAGAAGCUAAAAGAAAUGCUGGCCCCAAGCCCAGCCUGCCUGGCUCUGCCUGA